CGCGGAUAUUAGACGAAACAUUAAUUUAGCAAUGAAAUAUAUUAUACUUAUGAAUAUUGUCGUCGCAUUUGCAUAUAAUGUGUAUAGUGCUAAAAUUUUAUUUUUAGCUCCGGUUCCGGCCAUCAGCCAUCAAAAAGUGUACCAAAAAGUGUGGAAAGAAUUGUCUUACCGAGGACACGAUAUUCAUGUAAUUACGCCCAAUCCGUUAAAAAACAGAUCUCUACUCAAUGUUGUGGAAUAUGACGUCAGCGAUAUGUAUAACCCAUGUCCAAACUUGGUGACCUGCGAGGAUUUACAAAAAUUUUUGGAAAAGCCGACGUUUAUCAGCAUGUUUCAGAGAGAGACGAUAUUCCAAAAUAUGUGGUCGGCAAUUGCGAAACAUAUUUUCUCUCAUAAGGAAUUCGAAAGGAUGCUGGCCAAUAAUAAAGAAUUUGAUUUGUGCAUUAUAGAGUGGUUUGUUUUAACUAACAGUGUGAUGGCACAUCUUUUUAAGUGUCCAUUAGUUGGCAUUAGUUCGGAUGGAGUUAGAUUGCCUGGAUUUGAUGCGGUUGGCAACCCUUCUCACCCAGUGCUGGCCCCGGAUCAAGAUCUUCCUCUGCCAAGAUCAAUGUCGUUCUUUGAGCGCCUAUAUUCUGGAUUGUGGACCAUAUACGUUCGUUUCUAUCAUGCGUUUGUGACACUACCAGCACAAGAUAAGAUCAUGAGAAAAUACCUGGGACAAGAUUUACCCUAUUUAGGUGACUUAGAGAAAAACAUUAGCUUACUGCUGGUCAAUAGGAAUCCUAUAUUGCACAGAUUAUCAUCUAACCUGCCUGCUGUUGUAGAAUAUGGAUUUAUCAAACCAGAAAAAGGUGCGGCGAUUGUUGAUCCGAAACUACAAAAUUUUUUGAAUAAUUCCAUGAGCGGAGUGGUAUACUUCAGCUUAGGGUCGUCCGUGCAGGGGACCAUGUUGCACCACGAAACAGUCAAAGUGAUUCAAAAGGCUUUUGCGGAUUUACCAUACCAUUUUCUGUGGAAAUGGGAAACGCCUGUUAUGGAUAACAAACCCGACAACGUUUUUAUAAGUCCAUGGUUACCUCAGGAAGCUGUCUUAGGACGGCUAUACAAUAUUAAAUCAGUCUGUAGUGUGGUGACAAAGAUGCGGCUCUCCACAGUGGUUGUGUUGUUUGGCAUGCUGCUAAGUGAUGUGCGUUGUGCUAGAAUCCUGUUCGUGGCAAAUGCUCCCGUGCAGAGUCACCAGAAAGUGUAUCAACAGGUAUGGAAGGAACUUGCCCGCAGAGGCCAUGACACGCACGUGUUGUCGCCGAAUCCACUGAAAGAAAACCCUUUCGGUACUCUGACUCAGUACGAUUUGAGCGAUAUUUACCCGGCUUGCCCUACGAUUACAUCGUGCGAUAAAUUUCAAAAAUUUUUGGAAAAACCCACGUUUAUAAGCAUGUUUAGGAGGGAACGCAUAUUCGACGAGAUAUGCACGUUUCUAUCCCGACACGUCUUCACCCACAAGGAAUUUAAAAGAUUGACACCUGAUACAAAAUUCGAUGUUUGUAUUAUAGAAUGGUUUUGUCCAACUUUGAGUUUUAUUGGGCACCAUUUAAAUUGUACAGUAAUCGGAAUUAGUUCGGAUGGCGUUAGGGUGCCAGGAUUCGACACGGUAGGUAAUCCAUCCCAUCCGUUGUUGGCUCCAGAUCAAGAUCUGCCCCUCCAAACUGAUUUGACGUUCUUCGAUCGCUUGUGGAGUGGAAUAUGGGCCAUCUAUGGACGACUGUACCAUCACUUCGUAGUUUUGCCACGUGAGGACAGUUAUCUAAAAGACCACUUCGGUGAUCAAGUGCCGUACCUGGGAGAAUUGGAAAAAAACAUUGCCGUGUUGCUCGUCAAUAGAAAUAACAUAUUUCAUAGACUGACGCCUAAUGUGCCUGCCGUUAUCAAUUACGGAGUACUUAGGCCGGAAAAAGUCCACCUUGACCUUGAACCAAGCUUGAAACACUAUCUAGAUGAAUCAAAAAAUGGGGUAAUUUACUUCAGUCUAGGAUCAGCGAUGAAGGGGAUUAUGUUAGACCCAAAAAUUAUAAGGAUUAUACAGAACGCGUUGGUCAGUUUGCCAUACGAUUUUUUAUGGAAAUGGGAAGCGGAAUCAAUGGAAAAUAAACCAACGAACGUUGCGAUACGUCAGUGGUUCCCUCAAGAAUCUAUUUUAGAACAUCCAAAUGUAAAAUUGUUUAUUACUCAAGGCGGUCUUCAGUCGACAGAAGAAACUAUCGCAGCUCACAAACCCAUAAUUGGAAUCCCAUUUCAUUCUGACCAAACCAGCAACGUGGACACGUGCGUCAGGUAUGGAAUGGGAAAGAUGCUGGAUCUCAAAGACUUAACAACUGAAAGACUCAAGGAGUUUAUCGUAGAGGUUAUUAAUGAUCCAAGCUAUACCGAAAAUGUUAAGAAAAUGGAUCUCCUAAUUAAUGAUCAACCAAUGGAAGGUUUACAGAAAGCGAUAUGGUGGAUAGAGUACGUGAUACGGCACAAGGGUGCUAAGCAUUUGAGGAGCCCUGCGGUAGACAUGCCGUGGUGGGAGUAUCUUAUGUUAGACGUCAUCGCGUUUGUUUUUGCUAUUGUUUAUUUUAUUACUUAUAUCAUAUACAAAAGUUUUGUAGUAAUAUUUAGGAGGCGUCGCUGCAGAAAUGCGAAAAAGAAAAACCAAAGUCACAAAUCCAUGAUAAUGAAAUUAAGUGCCGUGUCUCUCAUCGGGUUUUGCUGCUGCUUCGGAUAUGGUCAAACGGCCAGGAUCCUCUUCGCUACAGGAAUGGCUGCACCCAGUCACCAAAAGCCAUUCCAACAGGUGUGGCGAGCUCUGUCUUUAAAAGGUCACGAAGUUCACGUCAUAACUCCAAACCCACUCAAAGAUAAAUCGCUAGUUAACCUCAGCGAAUAUGACCUGAGCAGUUUAUACGAACUAAAGAAAACGGUUUCAUCGAAUGAUAUGGCAUACAUGACUAAAAAGCCAAGCUUUUUCCAAGCGUUUUCCAAAGACCUCGUUAUGAUUCAGAUUUGGACUAAGCUCUUUGACAUUGUUUUAAGCCAUAAUGAAACACAAAGAUUAUUGCAACAAAAUCUCAAGUUUGAUGUUGUGAUUGUGGAGUGGUUGUUUCCAACUCUUGCUGGUUUAGGAGCGCAUUACACAUGUCCACUGAUUGGGAUAAGUUCCUUAGGUGCACCUGUGGUUGCCCUAGAUGCUCUGGGCAAUCCUUCCCAUCCCAUUAUAGCACCCGACAUGAAUUUGCCUUUAACAAGGGACAUGACGUUGAGGGAAAGGCUAAUGUCUAGUCUUUAUUCGCUCUAUGUGCGAUUAUACUAUCAUUUAUGGAUACUACCUACGAACGACAAGAUUGUUAAGAAAUAUUUAGGACAAGAUUUACCUUACCUAGGAGAUAUUGAGAAGAAUGUCAGCUUGCUGCUAUUGAAUAGGAAUUCAGUGUUUCACAGACCAAUGCCUCUUUAUCCCAAUAUUGUGGAGAUGGGAGGCAUAAAGUACCCAAAACAGAAUCAAACUUUGGAUAAGGAACUGCAGAGUUUUUUAGAUUCUUCGAAAAACGGAGUGAUUUAUUUCAGUUUGGGUACGUCAAGGAAAAGCAACCUAUUACCGGCUGAAAUUUUACAAGAAAUAAAAGAUGCCUUCAAAAAUCUCCCUUAUAAAAUCGUCUGGAAAUGGGAAGACGACGUUAUGCAUGACAAACCAUCGAACGUGUAUAUUCGAAAAUGGUUGCCGCAAACUGCCAUUCUAGCUCAUCCAAAUGUCAAGCUUUUUAUAUAUCAAGGUGGUCUUCAGUCCACUGAGGAAGUCAUAGCAGCUCAUAAAGCCAUAAUCGGAAUACCAUCGCAUUCAGAUCAGACAACGAAUGUGGACACUUGCGUCAAGUAUGGAAUGGGAAAAAUGUUGGAUCUGGAAGAAUUGACAGCCGCAAAACUUAUAUACACUAUCGAGAAAAUAAUGGGAGAUCCCAGUUACGCCGAGAAUGCUAAAAAACUUGAUGUGCUGAUGAACGAUCAACAUUCUGAUGGUAUCUCAAAAGCAGUGUGGUGGAUAGAGUACGUGAUACGUCACAAAGGAGCAAAACAUCUAAGAAAUUACGCAGUGGAUAUCCCUGUCUGGAAAUAUCUGAUGCUAGAUAUAAUCGGCUAUAUCAUUGCUGUAGUGGUAUUAGCUGUAGGAAUUGUCUACCAUUCUAUACGUUUCAUUAUCAAAUUUAUUAGAAGAAUCUGUAAACUGUCAUCAAAGAAUACCGAGAAAAACAUAAAGAACGAAUGAAACAUAUGUUGGUAAUUAGGAAUUUGCAGUUGGUUACUGGUAGUUUAUUUAAAUAAAUUUGUUACUUACUUUAUUCAUCAGCAUAGCGAUAUUUAUUUUUAUUAGUUUAUCGAAAUAUUCAUUUUAUCGACGCCCCUGGAUGGAAAUCACUUAAGCGUGACAAACAUUCGCGACCCGAGGAAAAACAGGGUGAUUGGAACAUCCCCAUCGCUGAUUUAUGAAUAGUCCUUAAGCACAAUCACAAAGGAUACGAAUUUUCGGCUGUCAAGCCAAAUAAAUCGGAAUUAAUGCAAUAGUAAUAUACGGUCAAAUAUAUUUUUUCUGCAGCUGUCAAAUAAUGGUGAUAAUUUUUAAUGGUUAUCAUUGUAACAAAUAUUGUUUGCGGUAUUUUAAUGGAUAAUAAUGUGUGUCGGUAUGUUUAACAAACAGAAACUCAUUCUAAGCGUAUUUUUCAAUACAGCUGUAGAAAAAAUAUUGUAAACAACGUGGGCACGAACAAAUUUCGCGCUGAGACUGAAAACAUUGAAAAAUGUCGGACGCCGUUGUAAAAAUAACUAUUGAAAUUUUAGAUUUCUCGCUGUUUUCCACAAACUCGACUGCCAUAUGAA